GAGAGCUGUUUGAUGUGCCUUAAAGAUGGAGUCUGUCCUGCUGGUGGCCCCGAUUACUGCGUUGGAGUUUGUGGGCGACCAUCUCCUUGCUGGUGAGGGCCCCAACCUAACUGUCUACAGUUUAAAAGCCAACGGCGCUAACCCACCAAGGAUUCAGCAAACAGUGCUCGGAGGUUACACCAUACACGGCAUAAAGCCCACUCCCACAUCAUGCCGGGCAGAGGACGUGUGCCAGCUUUGUGUGUUUGGGAGCAAGGGGCUGGUUAUCCUGAAGUUUAACAUCGCCGAUCAACAAGUACACCUGUCUGAAGUCUGUUCCCUUCGGCGUCUUCACGAUUGGAUAUGGGAUGCUCAGUGGCUUCACGAAGGCCCACAAGCAGCGGCCUACCUGGGCUUAGCCUUGGGCCACAAUUCUGUGGCUCUUUAUGAUUUUCGUAGUGGGAGGGUCUUGAAGGAAGUACACUGCGCUGAGAAAUGCAUCUUGUAUUCUGCCCAUUUUGUGGGCCGAACCUGGGAGGAGCUCACUCUGAUUUCCGGAACUGUUUUCAACCAACUGGUUAUUUGGGGGAUGUGCGACCAAACAGACCAGGAAGGAAGAGUGGAGCCUCGAAGAAGGAUCAGCGGCCACAAUGGUGUGAUAUUUAGCAUCUUCUAUAUGAAAGGGAUGCUGGCCUCGGCUUCUGAUGACCGCAGCCUCCGGGUGUGGAAGGUUGGUGAUCUUGCAGACUCUGAAUCUGACGUCCAGUGUCUUCUCGUGUUGUAUGGACACCAGUCGCGGGUUUGGUCUGUCAGGCUUCUCCAAGAGAACAUCGUCAGCAUUGGAGAAGACUCGGCCUGUAUUGUCUGGAGCUACGCUGGUGACAUUGUUCACAACUUCAAAGGCCACAAAGGUCGCGGCAUCAGGGCGGUCGCUGUCCAAGACCAGCUCGGUUGGGUGGCGACUGGCGGAGCAGACUCUGGUAUUAGGCUUUGGCAAAUAAAAGGCAGAUCGUCUUCAUCUAAUGGGCUUGUAAACUUACAUUUUAAUGCCCCUGAAAGAACCGGAGCUCCCAAGGCGAUUGCAAUGAUAGAUACAAACUGUCUUGUUGUAAUGACGGACGUGGGUUCCAUAUACAUGAAUGACCUCCUAAGCAAGCAAUGGACUUUCGUCCUGGCGGAUGAGAACUAUCGCUCAUAUAGUCUCCUGGAUGUGUUCAAAUCUUCCACGAACGUUCUGUGUGCCAUUGGCAAUAUAGCAGGGGGUGUUAAGAUCUUCUCGGUGCCCCAUGAUGGCCAUUGCCCAGAGCUUAGGCUUUAUGACGGUAAAGUCCACAACUUGACCUGGGUUCCGUCACCAUGCUUGGCACCAGACCGGUGUCACCUUUUCAGUUCAGGUCCCAAUGGAGUUACGGUUUGGCUCGAAGUCACCUGUGUUUCAGGCCACGUCAAAUCCAUCUCGGAGAAGUGUCGUUUCAGUAUGCCCGCCUGCAAGCAGAGGUGGCACACCAGCAUAGCCUUUGUGCCUACCGAAAAUGUGAUAGUUUGUGGCGAUCGCAGAGGGUCGUUGAUGUUGUUUUCGGUGAAGGUCGCUGGCAUAUGUCAUGGUGAACAUGCAAUGACCACGUCUUUACCAAGUGAUUGUCCACCAUCUACCGGUUCCUCUGUCGAUUCGGUUGCUCUGGAAGGAUCCUUGCUUCCUACUGUGUCCAAUCCACCAGAACAAAUUGAAGAUCCAGUGUUUGUACUGUAUGGAAUUCAUGGCAAGCUAGGAGUAACCUCAGUCAUCUACCAUGACGGCUUUGUGUACAGCGCCGGCCGUGAUGGACUUUAUCGUCAGCUGAAGGUUGAAGGAGGCCAGUUAAUUGUCCUCCGCAAACUGAAGUCCUGCAAGGGCAUGGAAUGGAUCGAACGUCUCUCCUUUAUGCCGGACGGCAGCUUACAGAUCCUCGGCUUCCAUUCCACCGACUUUGUGGUCUGGAGCACGAAAACCAACGAGAAGCUUUAUUGUGUUCCCUGCGGAGGAGGACACCGAUCUUGGAGCUACAAGAAGGAAGGUCCUGGUGAAGUUUUUGCCUACAUCAAAUCUGGCGACAUACUUGCCUACCAGAGCCAGCCAGCUGAGAAGGUACAAAGCGUGCUAAAGGAGCCACUGCACGGCAGAGAAUUGACUUGCGUUAAGUAUGCUGGAAACGUGAAACUCAAAGAGAGCCGCGUCCAUGUUCUGAUCACAAGCAGUGAGGAUACCACGGUUAGCGUCUUAGGUUUUAAUGAGGUUUCAAAAGAGAUUUGGCAACUUUCAACCAUCAGUGACCACCUGUCCAGUGUGAGAACAUUGGCUUUGGCCAAAACCAAAUCGCAGCCAUUGGAGAAUGGCGUCCUUUCCUGCGUGCUCUUCACUGCUGGGGGUAGAGCACAGAUAGAGUGUUACCGACUUCUGGUGCAAGCGCAGGAGGAUGUAGGCUGCGUUACGUGUCAGGUCAUUCACUUGGCCUCCCACAGGCUGGACGAACAUUGGGACAGGAUGAAGAAUAAGCAUCGGAGGAUUAAGGUGGAUCCGGAAACCAGGUACAUGUCCAUCCGAGCCCUGGAGGACGCUGCGCUGGGCCCAUCGUCCGCUUGUCUUUUCCUGGCAGCUGCCUGCAGUGACGGAUCUGUAAGGUUCUUUAUGAUGUGCGAGGAUCUCCGGAGGAUGAUUCUUGUGGCGGAGACCUUUUAUCACCAGCGAUGUGUGCUGAAAGUGGAGGCAUUUGUACACCGAUCUGCAGAUUCUCACAGAGUCUGGCUAUGCAGCGCCUCAACUGAUGGCCGCAUUGCAUUCUGGGAUAUAACCAGCACUGUAGAAUGCGCUCAGAAGAUGCUUGACGGUGAAUACACGGAUGACCAACCUCAGGACUUGGGAUCGGCCCGCUCCACCCUCUCCGUUCACCAGAGUGGCAUCAACAGCCUCCACAUACGAAAGACGACGGAGGGUGACUACCUGCUGGCCAGUGGGGGAGAUGACAACUCCAUCCAUAUCUGUAAGCUGGAUGCGGAUGGUCAAUCUCAGGACGGACAGACGGGAUGCGUCCGCCUGCUCCAAUCAUUCUCCGUCACCUCCGCGCACGCUGCUCACGUCACCGGCCUGCGCAUCCUACGGCAGGACCUCCUGGCCUCAGCCUCGGUGGACCAGCGCCUGACCCUGUGGAACCUCGGCUCGGACGGCCUCCAGCAUCUCGCCACCAGGUUCUGUCACGUGGCCGACGUGUCCGAGCUGGAUUGCUGGCAGAGCGAGGAUGGGGGACACUGGUGUGUGCAGUGCGGACAAGGAUUGGAGAUCGUGGUGUACAAGCACUCGACGUUCCUCUGA